CAUCUCAAACUACUUACACUCUAAUGGCAUCCAAGACAUGUUUUCUCUUUGCAUUGCUGAUUUUGUUCUUUUUGGCUACUAUACAACCUUUCAUUACUAAUGUUGAUGCUGCCGGCGAAUGUGGCAAAACACCAAUUCGGUCGGCUGCCCUUAGCUUGAGCCCGUGUUUGGGUGCUGGUGGAAAUGCUAGAGCAAAGGUGCCACCAAUGUGUUGUACUAAAGUUGGUGCAUUGAUUAGAACCGCGCCAAAAUGUCUUUGUGCGGUAUUGCUUUCUCCGCUGGCUAGGAAGGCCGGUAUAAACCCUGCAAUCGCUAUAAGCAUCCCUAAACGUUGCAACAUCAAAAAGAGGCCCGUCGGAAAGAAGUGUGGGAGAUACAUUGUGCCAUGAAGUGAUGAAGACGAGAUCAUAUAUAGGAAGAAAAGUAUGAAACUUGCAACGGCAUAAGUCCAUGUUACGAAUAAGUUAUUUAUGGUUAAGCAUUAAUUGUUUUUGUUGUAACCAUACAUAUAACAUAAGAUAUAGGAAAUCUUGAUAGAUCGAGUUAGGAUGAAGCCGGUUUGCAUAAUUUAUGUAUGCCUUUUUUUUUCUUUCUAUGUAUUGAUGUGUUAUAUUUGAAACAUAUAAUAUAAUGGACAUGUUACAUGUUACCGUUAUCACUA